AUGGGUUUAGGUAGGACCAAUUAUUGGAUACCGAGAUUGGUGGCUCCACUAUUGACGGCUCCGACCGCCGCCACAGUGUGGCUGAUCUUCUUACCUAUUGCAAAGACUUCCAAUCUAAGAGUUGUUGUCCACGUGAGUGUUGAGAGGGUUCUUGUAGCCUCAGAUUCGGAUAACGCCGAAACGAAACACUCCGCCAUAGGAGUGGUUUAUCGCGAUAACUGGGGUUUCAGCUUAGAUUAUCCGUGUGGAACCCGGAAUGGCCAUGCGUGGCAGUUGGUUCCCACCGUCGAUUUUCGUAGCAGCUUUGAAAGGGAUCACAUAUUUGUGGUGAGCACUACUCCCUUUGAUCUCUUUGUCUUCUCUGUUGCUGAUUUUUCCACCAAAUCGUUUCUGUUCAGCCCCAAUUCAGUUUUUAGACGGAAAAAAAACAUGGCUGCAAGUUCUGCAGCUGCCAUCCUGAUCCCUGCUGCUCAGACAAUCCUGGGUGGCUUGAUUCCACUUGUAACCCAGCAGAUUAACCUCGCAAGGGGUUUCGAAGAAGACCUCAGAAAGCUCCAAAGAAGAUUGGAGAACAUUCAAGCUCUUCUCCGUGAUGCUGAGAGAGGGAGAAUACCAUCAGAAGCCCUGAAAAAGUGGCUGAAAAGUCUCAAGUCGGUGACCUGCGAUAUGGAGAAUGUGCUGGGUGAGUUUGCGUAUGAAGCUCUUCGAAAGAAGUUGGAGGUCGGAAACCGGAAGAGGGACAAGGUACGCCACUUCUUCUCGCCCUCUAAUCCACUGGCAUUUCGGUUCAAGAUGGCUAAUAGGGUGAAAGAUAUCAAUUCGUUAUUGGACGAAAUUGGUAAAGAAACAAAUAAUAUGGGUCUUAGACCUGCGGAGCAAGUCAUGAGUGCUUCUGUUCCGCCUAGUGAGCAUAGGCCAACUACACCUUUUGUAGACGAAUCACGUUGUGUGGGGAGGGAUGGUGAUGUCGGAGUAGUAAGAAGCAUGUUACUUGGCUCUAAAGAUGAUUUAUCUUUCAUUGCUAUUGUAGGAUUGCCUGGGCUUGGAAAGACCACACUAGCACAGUUAGUUUACCAAGAUAGAAAGGUUGUGGAGUAUUUUGGUGAUAACAAAAUGUGGAUUUGUGUAUCUAAUGAUUUCAAGGUUCAAAGGUUAUUGAAUGAGAUGGUACAAUCUCUUUUUGGGGAGAAAUUUGAGAUGUCAAACAUAGAAGGUUCAGUAAGAAAGCUUGGAGAAAAACUGAAUGGAAAAAAAUACUUACUCGUGUUAGACGAUGUUUGGAAUGAGAUUCCAAAAAUGUGGGAAGACAUGAAAAGUAAUUUGAUGGGUAUAGGUGGCUCCAAGGAAAGCAAAAUUUUAGUUACUACCCGUAAUAUGGAUGUGAUCUCAGCGAUGCGGGAGCUCCAACCUCUCACCCAUCAGUUGCCUGAAUUGUCACACGGAGAUAGUUGGACCUUGUUUAGGAAAAAUGCAUUUGCAAGUGGAGGACCAAUAGAAACUAAAGCUUUGGCAGAUAUUGGUCGGAAAAUGGUAGAAAAGUGUAAGGGUGUGCCCUUGGCUAUAAAAUCGUUAGGAGGUUUAUUGUACGACAAGAAAUCUCCAACCGAAUGGGAGGAAAUUGAGAAGAGUGAAACAUGGAGACGUAAGGGUGAAAUUCUUCCUGCAUUAAGGCUUAGUUUCCAGCACUUACCCUCCCCAAGUUUGAAACAAUGUUUUGCUUAUUGUUCUAUUUUUCAAAAGGACCAAUUAAUAGACAAGGAUAACUUGAUUCAGCUUUGGGCUGGUCUAGGUUAUCUUCAGUCUCUUUCAGAAGGGAAUUUGGAGAUGGAAGACGUAGGCAACGACUAUUUUAAUAUCUUGUUGCGCAAUUCACUAUUUCAAGAUGUUCUCUUGGAUGAGAACAACGAUAUUAUUGCUUGA